GGUAUAGUCCAAGUGUGCGCCGAGCGCGGCAGUUGAUGCUCGCGCGCCGAAAGGAAGACACCUCGCGCUUCUCGUACACGACACGCAGUGCUCUGUGAUAAACUUUACGAGUGGUUCUGAUAAUAGUUCCCCAGUUUUACAAGCCGGGUGAUUAUAUCGGAAAUACACAUCGAAUGAUAAGCUAGCAAUCGAAUACAAGUCAAUAUGAAAUUUCCGGCUGGGUUACAGUUGCUGACUUGCCUGAUGGUGUACGCGCCCAGCGCACACGCAAUCAUGGUGAAGUACGGCACCAGUGGAGGGCCCAUUGUGCCGCCCGCGCCAACGCCGACGCAGCCGCCGCAGCUGCCGUUCCGGGUUCCAGCGCCCGUCUGGGAAGAACGAUCCAACGACUCCCCCGACCCUAACGCGCAAUGGCGGCCCCAACUAUUCAUACCCCAGCCGAGAUACACUCAAGUGGUCUUCAAUCCUUCAGAAGUACCCAUACCAAUACCACAGAGCAACGCUCAACGCUUUGCCAACUCUUACCUACCUAGAUCAUCAGUCCCCCAACCAAUCCAGGCCCAACCAGUCAAGGAAUACUUCACACCAGCUCAAGUCCUUAGCUCUCAAUCCCUCCCUGGAUUUGGACUUAGAUAUUUUGUCCCUCUCUAUGCCAGAGAAGCCCCUCAUGUGCGACAGAAACAGGAGGAUGCUCAGUAUAACCAUAUAGAAUCUAAGAGUGUCGAGGAUACAAACAAGGAUGCUCAAAAUGAUUUGCAGUGGAAGUAUGAGAAGGAUGUUUCAAAAAGAAUUGCUAGGAGAACGGCAGAAGGCACGGGAGUCCCGAGUCAGUCGUGGUCAAUCUACGAGCCCCCUAGACAUCACUAAUAUUAUUUAUAAUAACGAUUUACUUGAAACAAUGGUUUAAAUUGUUCUUAAUGAUGCCUAUUUUUUUACUUGAUCUUGAAAAGAAAGGCAAAAUAUUUGAUGUAGAAAUAACUCAUAGGAAAGAAGUAAAACGCUUAUUGUAUGGUGGAGUUUGCGAUAAUUAUUCUGCAAUUUUUGACUGAAUCUCUAUUAAAGGAUUUUAACGAUCACAGGGUCGGAAUAAAUAUGUAUGUGGAUAUUUUUCUGAAUUUAGUUCGUAACUACAAUUUCUCAGAAAUUCUGUAUAUUUUUCGUUUGAUUUUAUUAAUUUGAAUACAUAAAAAUACAAUUUAAACCAAUGUUUAAUGCAGUAAUUUGUGUUUUGUAAAUAAGCCGUGACAGAAUUGAAGUGACAAAGUUCUGUAUUAACGUUAACCAUGUGAUGUCCUUAGUUUAAGUGCCCUAGCGUAAGAAUAAUGUGCCAGAACGUAUAAUAUGUCUAAAAAUAUAUCUACCUAAAAAUAUAUAUUAUAC